GAAACAUGGCCUUGAACUUCUUUCAUAAAGGGAUAGAAGAGUAGGAAAGAAAAGCUAAACCUGCAGGAAAGUGCCCCGUGCCGAGGAGAACGCGGUUAGGAAGUGUGCGCCUGCUUCUGAACCCUGAGUGGUUCUCAGUUCUGUAACCUUCGCCUCCCACUGGGUGGAGUAGGGCUUUUAAGAGCAGCUGGAAUGCAGUUCCCCUGAUCAGUGUAGCCAGUUGUUGCCUGUCUGAACCUCUGCCAGUCCUGGAGAGCGGUGCUCUGAGCUCAAGCCAGCAGGCCUCUUUCUGCCCGCUCGCUGCCGUCCUUCUUGCCGGAGAAGAACGUUCCCACCUGUCCAGCCAUGGGGGAGGACGCCGCCCAAGCUGAGAAGUUUCAGCACCCGGGGUCUGCCGUGUGGCAGGAGAAGCCAGCCAGCCCCAGCCUCGCGCCCUCUUCCACGCCGAGCCCCAGCCUGAACCUGGGGAGCACGGAGGAGGCCAUCCGGGACAACUCGCAGGUGAACGCCGUCACGGUGCUCACGCUCCUGGACAAGCUGGUGAACAUGCUGGAUGCCGUGCAGGAGAACCAGCACAAUAUGGAGCAGCGGCAGAUCAGCCUAGAGGGCUCCGUGAAGGGCAUCCAGAACGACCUCACCAAGCUCUCCAAAUACCAGGCCUCCACCAGCAACACGGUGAGCAAGCUGCUGGAGAAGUCCCGCAAGGUCAGCGCCCACACUCGCGCGGUCAAGGAGCGCAUGGACAGGCAGAGCGCGCAGGUGAAGCGGCUGGAGAACAACCACGCCCAGCUCCUCAGGCGCAACCAUUUCAAAGUGCUCAUCUUCCAGGAAGAAAAUGAGAUCCCUGCCAGUGUGUUUGUGAAAGAGCCAGUUUCCAGCCCAGCGGAAGAGAAGGAGGAGCUUGCUGAUGAAAACAAGUCCCUGGAGGAAACCUUGCACACGGUGGACCUCUCAUCAGAUGAUGAAUUGCCCCACGAUGAGGAGACCCUGGAAGACAGUGCAGAGGAAAAGAUGGAAGAAAGCAGGGCAGAGAAAAUAAAAAGAUCCAGCCUCCGGAAAGUAGAUAGCCUCAAGAAAGCGUUUUCUCGCCAGAACAUCGAGAAAAAAAUGAACAAGCUGGGGACAAAGAUCGUGUCUGUAGAGAGGAGAGAGAAGAUUAAGAAAUCUCUCACUUCCAAUCACCAGAAAAUAUCCUCAGGGAAAAGCUCCCCCUUCAAGGUUUCUCCCCUUACUUUUGGUCGGAAGAAAGUCCGAGAGGGAGAAGGCCCUGCAGAAAACGAGACCAAGUCAGAAGACACGCCUAGCAGCGAGCAGAUGCCAGAUGACCACGAGGAGAGCUCGUUUGCAGAGGGUCUUUCUGAAGCGUCCCUCCCCGGUGCCCUGGUGGAAGGCAAGAGCAAGGAGGAGGAUGCAGAGAGGGAGGCCUCCAGAGGGAGUAACUCGGGCAGGGAUAGCAACAUCGACUUGACAAUUGUGGAAGAUGAAGAGGAGGAGUCGGUGGCCCUGGAACAAGCGCAGAAGGUUCGCUACGAGGGAGGCUACCUGCUGACCUCUGAGGAUGCAGAGCAGUCGGAUGCAAGCCCGGGUCAGCCUGCCGUGCUCCAGGUGGACCAGACCGCCUAAACGCGCAGCCUGCCGGGCCCAGCCUGUGCUUCCGUUCCGGCGGGUAACCAGAGUCUGGAAACAAAGCCCUGCACGUGUCCGCACUACCCACUCGCUACCGUGUUGUUGUCCAAGCAGCCCUCACCCACUCCACAGGAGCAGCGCACAGAUGGACCAAGAUCUACUGUGAAGGCGACCUGUCAGGAGCGUCGCUUCCAACGUGUUCUUCGGUUCUGUUUUUGUAGAAUUUCUCCAAGAUUGCAUGGAAGAAGAGAAGGGGCAGCUGCAAAACGCUGACCAAUUUGGCUUAGUUAGAAAAACCAGAGGCUACUUGAGAUACUAGUCAUGAGAUGGGAUUCAUUUCUUGUCAUUCCAUAGGCUUGCCGAAUAGUGCACCAGCGCUAUAUUGAAUUUCCACUGAACUCUGUGAAGCUAAUUAUUGUAUGUCAAGUGUGCGAUAUAUAAUAUACAUAUGUAUUUAAGCUAAGGACAUACCUACUUUAUAUUAUAAGAAAAAAACACACACUUUUUUAAAAAGGUAGAAGAGACAGUCUGGUCGCUUAUUCACUUAAUAGAAACCAAUGUUUUAACUUCAAAUGAAGAAAACAUUGAAAGACUGUAAUAUUCAGCUAAUCAAGUAAGAUCUGGGAAAGUCAGGACUAUCAGAAAAAGACAACUAAGAGGGAGAAGUUGGAAAAUAAGAGAAACGGGAAAGAAGGAAUGCCAAAGAAAAUGAAGGCCUAGAAAAGCCAUGUGCUUAGAAGUAAAAUAUUUACUGUAUUAACUCAAGUAUUCUUUUCCUUAAAUAACAAUUCUAAAGAGUUUCGUAUAUCCUUGAACAACACGUUAUAUCUUCACAAUAUUUUUAUCUCCUAAUAUUUUCAAAUAAUAUAAAAAUAUAGUUUACUGUGUUAAAGCUGCAUUUUGCUUAAUAAAUAAAAGACAUUACAGAUCUUUCACCAAGGAGCUUUAAAAGGAUGCCGUGUCUUUAACACCGGAACGAACGUAAAUCUCUGAAAUGAAUAUGUACUGGCUUUUGUAGGAAGUUCGAUCAGACGACUCUUUCAUGCUUUCCAAAUUUAAAAUGACCUUUAUACUCCAAAUGAUGUAAUGUAGGUGUGUAAGAUGUUAAAAGCAACAGGUUUGAGAAGGGAAGGAUUGUUUUUCCUUUUGUAUAUGAUGGUAAUUUCAUUCUAGGUCAUAUUUUAUUUAUAUAUUAAUUUCGCAGAGUAUUAAUAGGAUUCUUCCAAAAGCAUGCUAGUGUUUAUGUGUAUGUGCACCCUUAUUCGGCCGGGAUAAUUUUUACUCCGGUCUAACGUUAUACUAAAACAUUGCUUUCUCUAUUUUUGAUUACAGAAUGCUAAUGUUUUGAGAACACAACUAAAUUAUAGUGUAGAGGCAAUUGUGCCGGGGAGCAAAUUCUCUACCUUUAGUGUGUACCACUCACUAUAAGUAACCUGACAAAUAUAAGUAACCCAAGGCGGUAUUAACAAACAAUGCUUUGUUUCCUAAAAGGAAAAACAGGCUCAAGGUAUUGAUAGCCUAACCUAUACAGCUGUGUCCCUAUUUGCCGUAAUGUACCUCAGACAUUAGAUUGUUGAACUAACGAUGGCUGUGUUAAAGAAGACUAAAUAAACCAAAGCAUGAAAAGUG